UACCAAAUGAAGCCUUAAAGGCUUAAAACGGCCAAAUCGAAUGAAUAUCAAAGAAGACAAGGGGGAAAAAUGAAAUUCCGCUAGUUUGUCAUAAGCUUUGGUGGCGCAUUAUCGUUAGCGGAACCUCCACUUCACGUACUUGAACCCACCCUGUUCAACCGCAUUAACUUCCCAGACCACUGCUAAGCGAAUCUUAUACCUCAGAUACUCCCCCCUCUAUCUCUCUCUACAAUCGUUGAGUCUAAAUUUACUUUUUUUAUUUUUAAUACAAAUUAGUUAGUAGCUUGUAUUGAGAGAGAGGGAGCUAUCAGUUUCUUUAGCUUUAAAUUUCUAGUUUUGGGUUUUCAGCCAUGGCUUCUUGGGUUCUUUUUCCGGGGACUUCUGUCACCGGGACUCGGAGGGAUGCGGCCGGGGUGUUAUUCGGGGGGAGGUGGCCGAUGGCACAGGUGAAGAGCCAGAGGGUCUGCGUUCGCUCCUCUUUGGACUCUUUGGAUACUAAAGUUUCUGACAUGAGUGUUAAUGCUCCAAAAGGAUUGUUUCCACCAGAACCUGAACAUUAUCGCGGACCUAAGCUGAAAGUUGCUAUUAUUGGAGCUGGGCUAGCGGGCAUGUCAACAGCAGUUGAACUUUUGGAUCAAGGCCAUGAGGUUGAUAUAUACGAGUCAAGGUCUUUUAUUGGUGGAAAAGUAGGUUCUUUUGUUGACAAACGUGGUAACCACAUUGAAAUGGGACUGCAUGUUUUCUUCGGUUGCUACAAUAAUCUUUUCCGUUUGAUGAAAAAGGUGGGUGCAGAUAAAAAUCUACUUGUGAAGGAUCAUACUCACACAUUUGUAAACAAAGGGGGUCAAAUUGGUGAACUUGAUUUUCGAUUUCCAAUUGGUGCACCAUUACAUGGAAUGCGUGCAUUUUUAUCUACAAAUCAGCUCAAGACUUAUGAUAAAGCAAGAAAUGCUGUGGCUCUUGCCCUAAGUCCUGUUGUGAAGGCUCUUGUUGAUCCAGAUGGUGCAAUGAGGGACAUACGGAAUUUGGAUAGUAUCAGCUUCUCUGAUUGGUUCUUGUCCAAAGGCGGCACGCGCAUGAGUAUUCAGAGAAUGUGGGAUCCUGUUGCCUAUGCCCUUGGGUUUAUUGAUUGUGAUAAUAUCAGUGCUCGUUGCAUGCUUACUAUAUUCUCAUUAUUUGCCACUAAGACGGAGGCUUCCCUACUACGCAUGCUCAAGGGUUCUCCAGAUGUUCACUUGAGUGGUCCAAUUAGAAAGUAUAUCACCGACAAAGGGGGAAGGUUCCACCUUAGGUGGGGGUGUAGAGAAAUACUCUAUGAUAAAUCUGCUGAUGGAGAUACCUAUGUUACAGGACUUGCUAUUUCUAAGGCUACUAACAAGAAAAUUGUGAAAGCUGAUGCUUAUGUUGCAGCAUGUGAUGUACCUGGGAUCAAAAGAUUACUUCCAACCCAGUGGAGGGAAUUGGAGUUUUUCAAUAAUAUUUAUGAACUAGUUGGAGUGCCUGUUGUUACAGUGCAACUAAGAUACAGUGGUUGGGUCACAGAGUUGCAGGAUUUAGAACGGUCAAGGCAAUUGAGGCAAGCAGCGGGGUUAGAUAACCUUCUUUAUACUCCAGAUGCAGAUUUCUCUUGCUUUGCAGACCUAGCACUUUCAUCUCCAGAAGAUUACUACAUUGAGGGACAAGGUUCAUUGCUCCAAUGUGUUCUCACACCAGGUGAUCCUUACAUGCCUUUGCCAAAUGAUGAAAUCAUAGCAAGAGUUGCGAAACAGGUUUUGGAUUUAUUCCCAUCAUCUCAAGGUUUAGAAGUCACUUGGUCAUCUGUUGUCAAGAUUGGGCAGUCUCUAUAUCGUGAGGGGCCUGGUAAAGAUCCAUUUAGACCGGAUCAGAAGACGCCAAUAAAGAAUUUCUUCCUUUCUGGUUCAUAUACAAAACAGGAUUACAUAGACAGCAUGGAGGGGGCAACUUUGUCUGGCAGGCAAGCUUCUGCCUACAUAUGUGAUGCUGGGGAAGAGUUGGUUUCAUUGCGGAAGAAGCUUGCUACCAUUGAAUCUCAAGGACAUACGAAAGCUUCCAAUGUUACUGAUGAGCUGAGUCUAGUCUAAUACACGGUCAUUUAUUUUUCAGAGUACCAAGAAACCACCUCAAAAUUGUGGAGAGUAGGUGGUGGCACAUGUAUGUAAUAUCAGGAAAUUAUGUAAAGCAUGAAACAUUAAUUUCAAUAGAAUCAUGCAAUCAA